AGCUAAGCUACGAUGCUCGUCGUCGGUGAAAUUUCCCGGCGAAGCGGAUUCGGUGUUUCUGCGGUGGUUCAGGCGACGCAUCUCAUAGCAUCUUGCUUCUAGCUGGCGAUUUCAGUAUACCUCGACCAAUUGUAUCAAUUUCUCGCGAUUAACGUAGCAGAGAGCUAUGGCUCUGAUCGAUGUCGCAAUAUCUUGUCUCAAUUCGAUCCGCGAAAUAGAAGAGGAAGUAAAAGAUGCUAUUGUGUAUAUUGAUGCUGGCUGCACUGAAAGUUUUCAGUUUGCAGGAGCUUUCCCUUUGUUCUUGGAACUAGGUGCUCGAGCAGUCUGCAGCCUUGAAAAUAUGACUUCUCUAGAUGCGGUGGCUGAUUGGAAUUCAAAGACUGAUUGUGCAAAGAGAAUUGUGAUUAUGACAUCUCGGCUUCUCAAUGAUGCUCAUCGAUAUAUGCUACGGUGUCUAAGCACCCAUGAAGCUGUUCAGCACUGCACAGUAUUCACGUCUAUUUCAGAGGGAUCUCACUCAGCCAUCCCUGAUUCACCUCUAGGUCCAGACGCGUAUCGAGAAUACGAAACCUUACUUGUUCAGGAUUACAAUGAACAUACUAAGAAAAGCGACAAAAUAUCUAAAGACAAAGGGGUUUCUAAGUUCUCUUCCGCACUUGAAUCCCUUACUCUGGAGCCCAUCAUAAGUGAAAAUAUAGAUAGUUCAUCAGGUGGUGUAGAAGGUUUGGUAGUCGCAGUGCACCACUUCCCCUUGAUUAUUUGUCCUUUCACUCCUCGAGCGUUUGUCUUACCUUCCCAAGGAUCAGUGGCAGAAGCGUCCUUGUCCCGUCAACAUGAAGAUUCUCUUAGUUUUGGUUUGCCUCCCGUAAGUACUGGAUCUAUGUCUGAUACUGAUGAUGUUCCUCCUGGUGCAACUCUUACGGCACAUUUUCUUUACCAACUGGCUCUUAAGCUGGAGUUGAAGUUGGAAAUAUUUUCUCUUGGUGACCUAUCAAAGAAUGUUGGGAAGAUUCUGACAGACAAUAUGUCAAGUCUUUAUGAUGUAGGGCGUCGUAAGCGAUCUGCUGGCUUGUUACUUGUUGACCGCACACUUGAUCUUAUCACUCCCUGCUGUCACGGAGAUUCACUAUUCGAUCGUAUCUUUUCAUCUUUGCCUCGGGCAGAAAGGUUUUCUUCACAAGCACAGCUUAAACAGGGGGUUCAAAGCAUCAAUCGUCCUUCUCUUGAUGUUCAAGUGCCGCUUGGGGAACUGCUUAAUGAAGAACCAAGCAAGAUUCGGGAUUCUGGUCUUCCUGAAGGAGUUGAAGCAUUUUUACGUGGCUGGGAUUCAUACACUUCUGAUCCACAAAAUGUUGGCCUGCUUAAUGAAUGUGACAAGAAAUCUACUGCCAGCUGGAAUGAACUAUUAAAUGGAUCUCUUGUCGCUACUGAAUGUUUUAGAGGAACACCUUACUUAGAGGCCAUGAUUGAUAGGAAAACAAAGGAUGGAAGUGUACUGGUGAAGAAAUGGCUUCAAGAGACUCUGCGUCGCGAAAAUAUCUCUGUUAACGUGAGAGCUCGUCCUGGUUAUGCCACAAAACCGGAGCUCCAGGCCAUGAUCAGAGCAUUGUCCCAAAGCCAGUCGUCUUUGUUGAAAAACAAAGGGAUAAUUCAGUUAGCGGCAGCUACAGCCGCUGCUCUUGAUGAAUCUCAAAGUGCCAAAUGGGAUACUUUUAGCAGUGCGGAGAUGAUGUUAAAUGUAAGUGCUGGUGAUACGAGUCAGGGUUUGGCUGCUCAAAUUAGUGACCUGAUCAACAAAAGCGCUGUGGCAGAACUUCAAGCUAAGAAAAAUGAGAAACCAGAUACCUUGUCACGAGGACUGCUAUCUUUCCGUGAUGCCCUGCUCCUUACAAUUGUUGGUUACAUUCUUGCUGGUGAGAAUUUCCCUACCUCUGGCUCUGGUGGGCCUUUCUCUUGGCAAGAAGAGCAUUUUCUAAAAGAAGCCAUUGUCGAUGCUGCUCUAGAGAAUCCAUCAGUUGGAAAUCUCAAGUUUCUUAAUGGGUUGACAGAAGAACUUGAGGGCAGAUUGAAUCGUCUCAAGACCGAGGAAACCAAAGAAAGUCCCUCUGAUGAUCAAUUAGACAUUGAUGCUCUUGAUGAUGAUCCAUGGGGAAAAUGGGGUGACGAGGAAGACGAAGAAGUUGAAAAUAGUAAAGCAGAGGAGUCCUAUGACGAUAUGCAGCUGAAGCUGGAUUUGCGUGAUAGAGUAGACAGCUUAUUUAGGUUUCUCCACAAGUUAUCGAGUCUAAGAACAAGGAAUCUACCACUAAGGGAAGGCUCAUUGGCUUCAGAAAGCAGCUUUCCUGGCGAUCCUUCUGGAAACAAAGGGCUACUCUACAGGCUUAUAGCAAAAGUGUUGAGCAAACAAGAGAUACCUGGUUUAGAAUACCAUUCUUCUACUGUCGGAAGGUUUCUUAAAAGUGGGUUUGGAAGGUUUGGUCUUGGUCAGGCAAAACCAAGUCUUGCAGACCAGAGUGUUAUUCUUGUCUUUGUCAUUGGAGGAAUCAAUGGUCGAGAGGUUUUCGAAGCUCAAGAGGCUGUGUCAGAGAGCGGAAGACCAGACAUUAACCUGGUUAUUGGAGGAACGACACUUCUAACUCCUGACGACAUGUUCGACUUAUUGGUGGGACAGUUCAGCCAUUUUUGAUCUCCUUCACAAUACCUCACUCUCAUAACCUCUGUUAUUAGCUUGUAAGCCUAUGUAUUAGAAAGAAAGAGAAAUAAACCAUUUAUAUGAGCGAAUGUUAAAUUUACAAAAUAUAGUUCCAUUUUCGAGAGAAAACAAGAGAAUUGGGUAUUUAUUGUGAA